UCGAAAUUAAAAGCAAAGAUUCAUUACAGGAGAGUAUACCCUAAACAGUUCAGACGCGAUUGGCAGGUGUGGAUAAUGACGUUUGCAUUGGUUAUGAAAUGCUGUGUGUAAUUCUGUGAUUAAAAACAAACUAUUCCAAGCAAAAAAGUGGGGUUUUCAAUGCCAUUUUUUAGUGCACAAGUGUGAAUUUUGGCCUGCUAUUAUCAUUGUACAUGCGAAACACAAAGCAUUCCAUUGUGUUCUAUUAUAAGUUUUAAGCUGUGAUCAGAAAUGCCACGAAAGCAGGGAUUUUACGUAUUUUUAGCUGUAGUUCUGGUGCAAAUACAAGCCCAGGUCAAUUUUCCAGCGAAUCAGGACCAGACAAAGGAAAAUCAUCGUCCGCAAGAGAUUUCUCUUGCAGGAUUAGAACAAUUAUCUACUUUAUCGAAAUCGAACAAUUUGAGCGAUGUUUUAAAGAAGCUGUUAGUAGAACGUGUUGUGGGAACACCCGGUCAUGAAGAAGUUCGACAGUAUAUAGUGGACUACAUGCAAAAACUCAGUUGGACAGUGGAACUGGACGAAUUCGAGGACAGCACACCAAUAUUUGGGAUGCUGAAGUUUUCCAAUAUUGUGGCAACCCUUAAUCCAAACGCGGAACGUUUUCUUGUUCUUGCCUGUCACUACGAUAGCAAAUACUUCAAGAACGAGGUGUUUAUAGGAGCGACUGAUUCAGCAGUUCCUUGUGCGAUGCUGUUGGAUUUGGCCAAUUCUAUGAAGCCGUUGCUUGAGAGUACAAAAUCAAGCAACAAACUGAGCCUGCAGUUUGUCUUUUUCGACGGUGAAGAAGCCUUCAAACAGUGGGGUCCGACGGACUCAAUCUACGGAGCUCGACAUUUGGCGUCUCGCUGGGAAGCUGAAGACAAACUAAAGCGCAUUGAUAUACUGGUGCUGCUAGAUUUACUAGGGGCCGCCCAUCCAAACUUUUAUAGCUAUUUUAAAGAUACCGAAAACUGGUAUGCUCACCUUCUUUCAAUCGAAGAGCGGUUAGACAAAUCAGGACAUUUAGAGCACGACGCAUACAGCAGCGUGGUACCUAGCCAACCACCACCAGCUCGCUAUUUCCAGCCUCGAUCGUUCUACGCUUAUAUUGAAGAUGACCACAUUCCAUUCCUGCAGCGGCAGGUUCCUGUUCUGCAUAUCAUUCCUACGCCUUUCCCGGAAGUGUGGCAUAAGCUGGCUGAUGAUGGCUCUGCCGUAGAUUUGAAAACUGUACAAAAUCUAGUCAAAAUGUUCCGCGUAUUCAUUGCCGAAUAUUUACAUCUCGAUCUAUGACAGCGGGAGAGCGACCAAGGUACGGUCGAGGAUAGAGAAGAACUAUAAAGGCUAUUGGGAAUUUGUCGUUUUUUUCAUGGUGAUGGGAUAUGUUAAUGUGCAUUUUAAUUUAUUAUUGUAAAUAAUUUUGAUGGUGUUUCAAGUUUGUUAAUCUGCGUUGCUAAUGUCAUAAAGACUGUAAAAAUGUACAUUAAACAAUUUUAUGGGUUUUAGACAAAAUUAUUCAAUUUGUAAAAUAUAC